AUGCCCGGAGCGGCUGCAGGGACGGCGGCUACAGGAGCAGGCUCGUCAGGAGCGGUAGCAGCGGGGAUGCUCCCAGCUCAGGAGGCGGCCAAGAUCUACCACACCAACUACGUGCGGAACUCGCGGGCCAUCGGCGUGCUCUGGGCCAUCUUCACCAUCUGCUUUGCCAUCGUCAACGUGGUGUGCUUCAUCCAGCCGUACUGGAUCGGGGACGGCGUGGACACCCCGCAGGCGGGCUACUUCGGGCUCUUCCACUACUGCAUCGGCAACGGCUUCAGCCGGGAACUCACCUGCCGGGGCAGCUUCACGGACUUCUCCAGCCUGCCCUCGGGAGCCUUCAAAGCUGCGUCCUUCUUCAUCGGGCUCUCGAUGAUGCUCAUCAUCGCCUGCAUCGUCUGCUUCAUCCUCUUCUUCUUCUGCAACACAGCCACCGUCUACAAGAUCUGUGCCUGGAUGCAGCUGACCUCGGCUGCCUGUCUCGUCCUGGGUUGUAUGAUUUUUCCUGAUGGCUGGGAUUCAGAUGAGGUAAAACGGAUGUGUGGUGAAAAGACAGACAAGUACACGCUGGGGGCUUGUUCAGUCCGCUGGGCAUAUAUCCUGGCAAUUAUUGGAAUCUUGGAUGCCCUGAUCCUCUCAUUUCUGGCAUUUGUGCUUGGAAACAGACAAGACAGCUUGCUAGCAGAGGAGCUCAAGUUGGAAAACAAAGAUGAUGGAAAUGCUUAAAACAAGUUCAGGUAGUAUGACACAGACUAACUCCUACUAAGCCAAUCCUCACUAGAAUGAGCACAAAACAAAUGAAUAACAGCUUUUGUACAUCAACAUUAAAAUGGGAAGAAGCUUGGGAAAGGGCCUCCAACAGAGAAGAAUGCUGACAAGUGCAAAAAUGCCUGAUGGAUAAGCACCACCUUCUAAACAUAGAUCAGCCAGACAUGGAAGUGAUUUCAGAAGAGAAAUGCAAUCAUGGAUUACACACCAGCUCAUUAGAAACUGUUGCUGAAUACAGCAUCCAGAAGACAUGCAUGAAAAGUCACAUUUGGGGAAUAAAUUAAAAGGGGUAUAGUUGUUGCUAGAUAAACAUAUGUAAUAUAUAUGCAUUGAAGAGGUUUGUAAAUGUCAUUUUUUUUAUUCGGACAGAAAGCAAAAAGCUUUAAAACCUUUCACAGUAGAGAGGCAGUUAACUUCAGACUAUUCCUAUCCCAGUAGCCAAGAAGCUGUUAGGACAUCUCUCUUAAAUUAGCAUUUAUAGACUCUGAAUGUUUCCAUCACCUAGUGGAAAAAGCAUAACUUUUACUGCUACAUUGCUGCACUUCAUUUACUUCACUGUAUAAUAAGUUGACUAAAACUGUAAAGCUUCUCAAUUUUUACUGCAUAUGUGUUCCAAUUAAUAUGUCUGUAACAAACUUAAGACUCAAAAAUUAUUUCUGACCUAUAUUCUAGUUCUAUGAAGCAUAUAUACUAUAAGGUAUGUCUGACUGAAUAUCAUAAUGCUAUAAUUUCCCAAGAUGCAUAGACUUGUUUGUAUUUGAAGUGACAAAAUAAAAGCCCUUGAUUUCUUUUUUAAUAGGAGAAAGUAAUUUAUCCCUUAAAUGUAACCCGCUGCUGCUCACUACAAGGGCAUUUCUUUUCCCUGUUCUGCCAUACAACUGUGGAGUGACACUCUCUGGCCCAUACUAAUGCCAAUCAGACAGGGUGAUCUAAUGAAAUCUUCUGGCCUUAAGUUUAAAUUCAAUACAGCUCAGUAAACCCCUGAGUUUAAACUCAAUACAAAAAUUAAGAGACCAGUAAACAAAUACAUGUGCAAAUAGCCAUGUGAGGGCUGGAUGCAAAUAGCCCUGGGGCACUGGCAGGGAAGUCAUUCCCUCCCAGGUCCCAAAGAGCACACUCAGCUCUGAGUGUGACACUGAGAAGUAAAACAGGAGUAGGCACAGAAGGAGCUCCUAGUGCAAGGCCUGGAUGUGAAGCACCAGGCACAGAGCAACAGAGGGAGGCAGGGAUCCCCCUCUCUGCUCCUCUCUAACACUCCCACCAAGGCACACGUCUGUCCUGGCUCGGGACUGGUCCGGAGCACAUCGCUCCCUACAUGCCUCUAGGUUCUCCUGUGUAUCACAGAUUUAUCCAGUGCAAAAUGAGCACUCCUGUGCUGAUUCCUUCAGGGGUUUUAAAGCCUGUUCCUUCAUUCUUUGGUCUUCAGGGAAAAUGGCUAAAAUAAUAAUUAAUUACUAGUGUUGAUCCCAAAUAAUGCAAAAUGCUGAAGACAUGAGGAAAACAUGAGUUAAAACUGCUUUUUAACUAUUGACUGCACAAGACAAAUUAUUCCAGAAUUUCGUGCAUGAAUCUCAAAAAAUUUAUUUUACUUUUAAAAGAAAAAUUAUCUUUACACAAACUGCCAGUAAACAAAUACAGGGAAUUAGAUAACUUUUCUAUCUAACCACCAAGGUACCAAUGGGGCACUGACUUCAUUUGGAUGUCAGCCAAGUAAAUAUAUGUGUGAAUCUGGGCAGCAUUAAAAAAAAAAAAAAACAAACAAACAACAACAACUUUUUUUAAUCUGAAACUGCUCUUGUAACUGGAUGUAGAAAAUUCUUCUGACUUCUAAAGGACCAGCACUAGCUGGUCAAAAACGCCACCCAAAUCAGUCAAUCACCAUAAACAUCUUCCCAGAACCUGCUAUUGACCUGAAGGGGAUGGAAGGUAAAAACCAAGUACUUCACACAUGAGGCAGCAUAAACUCAUUUAAGGGCCCACUUCAGACAGGUUUCUCAGUGAAGCCCAUCCUCAUUUUCUGCUCUUGUUGGCUCACAACCACACCCGCACCUCAAAGCCUGUGAAAGGGUUUGUUAUCUGGAUGUGCUCUCAUAUCACCAUCUUCAUUUGCUCCUUGACUUUACCUCUGUCCCACAUUAUUGCAGUCAUGGCACUUUUGCUGUGACAGAAAUCACCAAAACAGGGUUUGUCUAUAUAAUUAUAUUACUUUGUUUAGCCUCAUGGUGGUGUUGUAAUGUAAAAGCCCUUUCUAAAUACACACAAACAUUGCAAAAGAAGUGCCAUCACAAGGCAUCACAACCCUGCCAGGGCAGCUCAGUGAAUAUGUACAAUUUGUACACAGUCAGAAGGGAGAGACGUACCAGGAUGUACAUCAUUAAAUGUUGACUCAGUAAGAGUAGUAUGUCUUACCUUUUUAAAUGUUACCACUUUCCCAUCCCACUCCAUUGUAACUUGUCAAUUGUAAUUUCUUUUUAAGUCAAAAAACUGUAAAGAAAACUGUUGAAAUACCUGACUUUCUGUAAAAGUAAUAACAAUAAUUUUUGUUACUUCAAAGUAUGCUUGGUAUUAAAGUACCUAAUAAAGUUCAAUAAUGACUUUUGUAGCAUACUAAAAUAAAGCGUGAUAGUGCUUUUCUCCAGCUCAUCUGUGAUAAGGGCAGCUGUUGUUGGGAUCACUGCCCUCCUAAACACAAGCCUGGAUGCCUCCUUCACAUCUGUACCUACAGGGGUCCCUCAGGUAUGUAAAGUCCCAGCAGAAUCGUAUCCCUUAAUGAGUGCAGGGAUUUGUAAGCAUGGGUCAAAUUCCUAGGAGAACCUUGUU